AUGUUAAAAGGAGGCAAAUACUCGUUGAAAGCCCUUCCAUUCCAGCCUGUGGCUAAGAAUAAAUUCAACGACAAGAGAUCUACAUUUAAUUUCAAAGCACUGCCAACUAAGGGAUUAGUAUAUAAUCCUCCGGCAGCUAUAAUCUCUCCCGCAAUCAAGACACCAAAGGCCUUUUUGCCAAAGAAUGAUCCAAGAUUAAAACUUGAAGGGAAGUUUAAGACUUAUACUAGCGAGGAAUUGGAAGACUAUCCGAUAAUUUACGGAUACUCAAAGGAGAAAAGUUAUAAUAUAACUCCCCAAAUGGUUAAGCAAAUAGUAGAAUUAAGAAAUCAAAAUCCGGCAGAGUGGACUAUCUCUAAGUUGGCAAAGAAAUUUGGUAUUGAUCAAAUGAAGGUGAAUGUUAUAACGGGACUAAACAAACAAAGAGUGGAGCAAAUAGGAGAAGAAUUGGAUGCAUUCAAGAAGACAUGGCCGACUUCUAAGUUGAACUCUAGAGAGGAUAGAAAGAAAAGAGUAAGUAUGUGGUUGAGAAAUGAAUAUUGA